AAUUUCUUUUUCUCUUUUUGAUAAAUGAGGCAAAGAUAAAAAAACUUAAGGUCUGGGGUAGCUAACCCCCACAUAAUCUGCAGUAAAUAAGAGAUCCACCGCCGGUGGAUAAACAUUCAAAAUUCUUAAACCAUGGGGGGCAAAAACCCCCUUUUUCGCAAGAGCGUCUGCAGCCAUGUUAGCCUCUCUCAGCACAUUCUUCACUUGAACUUGGGGGAUCAUGUGCAAAAGGGCCCUGCAAUCCAUAAUAAGAGUGCUAUAAGGGUGGAACCUGUUGACACAAGUGCAAUAGUAGGGCCAAUAUUGUGUGGUCCCUCAAUUUCUUUGAAGAAGGUUAAAAUCGGAGAUAAGGUGGGUUUGGGAAGCCUAGCUGGCUCAUGUGGUUCAUGCGAGAACUGUGUUGAUGACCUUGUAAGUUGCUGUCCAGAAAUGAUUCCCUCCUACAAUGGCAUUUAUUGUGAUGGAGCAAAGACAUAUGGAGGCUACUCCGAUUUCAUGGUUGCCAAUGAACAUUUUGUUGUGCAGAUCCCUGAUAGCAUACCUCUUGAUGCUGCUGCUCCGUUGUUCUGUGCUGUAAUCACAAUCUACAGCCCAUUGAAAUAUUUUGGUCCUGGGGAACCUGGCAAGCAUGUAGGCAUUGUUGGACUUGGUGAUCUUGGUCAUCUGGGUGUUAAAUUUGCUAAGGCUUUGGGAUCCAAAGUGACUGUAAUCAGCACUUCUCCCAGCAAGAAGAUUGAAACUCUGGAGCAUCUUGGUGCUUACUCAUUUUUGGUUAGCCAUGACCAAGAUGAAAUGAGGAUAAAAUGGCCGGCAUACUUCAGUAAUUUUGCUCACCCACUUCGAUAUAUUGCAAGCCAAAUUAUUCAUGGACAAGGCAAAAACAUUAUUGGCAAUACCCAAUUCAUCUCGCUCCUCCUUUUCCUCCUGUGUGAAAACCUACCGUACAAAAUGGCCAAGUUACCAGAAGAAGAGCAUCCUGUGAAAGCCUUUGGCUGGGCUGCUAGAGAAACAUCUGGUCAUCUUUCCCCUUUCAAUUUCUCUCGAAGAGCAACUAGCGAAGAGGAUGUUAGAUUUAAGGUGUUGUAUUGUGGAAUAUGUCAUUCAGACCUUAAUUUCAUCAAGAAUGAGUGGGGCUUCUCUGAGUUCCCUGUGGUACCUGGGCAUGAAAUUGUAGGGGAAGUAACAGAGGUAGGCAGCAGAGUAAACAAAGUUAAGGUCGGAGACAUAGUGGGUGUGGGAUGCAUGGUUGGUUGCUGCCGCUCCUGCAACAACUGUGCUAAUGACCUUGAAAAUUACUGUCCCAAAAUGAUCCUUACUUAUAAUGCAACUUACCAUGAUGGAACAAGGACAUAUGGAGGCUACUCUGAUUUCAUGGUUGUCAACGAACAAUUUGUUGUUCACAUCCCUGAUAGCAUCCGGCUUGAUGCUGCUGCACCAUUGCUAUGUGCUGGAAUCACAGUCUACAGUCCACUGAAAUACUUUGGACUGGCAGAACCUGGAAAGCACAUUGGCAUCGUUGGCCUUGGUGGCCUCGGUCAUCUGGCUAUUAAAUUUGCCAAGGCUUUGGGGUCCAAAGUAACUGUAAUCAGCACCUCUCCAAGCAAGAAGAAUGAAGCUCUGGAGCAUCUCGGUGCUGACUCCUUUUUGGUUAGCCGUGACCUGGACCAAAUGGAGGCUGCCAUGGGUACAUUGGAUGGAAUCAUAGACACAGUCUCUGCUGUUCAUCCCAUUCUGCCAUUGAUUGGUCUACUGAAGUCCAAUGGGAAAUUUAUCAUGGUGGGUGUGCCUGACAAGCCACUUGAGCUACCUGUCUUUCCUUUGGUUAUGGGAAGGAAGUUGGUGGCUGGGAGCAGCAUUGGAGGGAUGAAAGAGACACAGGAGAUGAUAGAUUUUGCAGCAAAGCACAACAUUACCGCAGACAUUGAGGUAAUCUCCAUAGAUUAUGUCAACACUGCUAUGGAGCGACUUGCAAAAGGUGAAGUUAGAUACCGAUUUGUCAUUGACAUUGGGAACACCUUAGCUGCCACCAAGCCUUGAACUCCAGUUGGCAUCUCCUGCCUGAUCAAAUAAAGUACUAGAACUUCAGUAGUUAAUCCAUUGUUGGUGAAUAAGACAUCAGUUAUUUCUUGUGUGGGUGUGAGAGAGAGAUAUCUGAGAAACUGAGAAACUGAUCUCUUUUA